AUGUCACCCAGAAUCACCGCUUCGCUCGCCACGGUACUUUUCUCCAGCGCUGCGGCCCUCCACAUCGCCAUCACCGGCACCUCCCAAGGGAUAGGGCUGGACGCAGCCAAACGGCUGAUCAGGGAUGGUCAUACGGUCUACCACUUAAACCGGAAUAGCGCGCGCUCCGCCGAGGCGGCCCAACAGGCCGGCGGCGGCGUGCCCAUGGUCUGCGACCUCGCGUCGCUCGCGUCGGUGCGCGCGUUUGCCGACGAGCUCGCGGGCAAGGAGCUCGACGUUCUAUGUUUGAACGCGGGCAUCGCCCCCAGCACAAAGGCCGAGGCCCCGGACAAAACCGCAGAUGGCUUCGAAAGCUGCAUCGGCACGAACCACCUAGGGCAUUUCCUUCUGGCCAACUUGCUAGCCCCAAAAGUCUCUAGGAUAGUCGUGACGGCGUCGUCGGUCCACGAUCCCGAGCAGCCCGGCGGCGCCGUCGGCGGCAAGGGCGGCGCGACGCUGGGGGAUUUGAGCGGCCUUGGACCGUUGACGACAGGCGGGCCGACGAUGGUCGACGGCGCCGCGCUGCGUGGAAAUCAAAUUUCAGGCGCCCCACCUCGUCGCGACUGCGUCUGCUCGAUGGUGUGGAGUUUUCACGCCAUCGACGCGACGUUGUCUCCGUGACCGCGUCGGCUCGAUGGCGUGGAGGUUCCACGCCAUCGACGCGACGUUGUCUCCGUGACCGCGCCGGCUCGACUGCGUAGAGGAUAACCUAGCUCACUGGUUGAUUUCCACAGGCGCCGUGGCCUACGACGGCUCCAAGGUCUACAAAGACUCGAAAUUAUGUAACGUCCUCUUCUGCCGCGAGGCGAAGAAGCGCCUGCCAAAUGUGGACGUGCGGUCGCUCAACCCCGGCUUCAUCCCGACCUCGGGAUUGUUUCGCGCGCCGCGGGAAGACAACUUCUUCGGCGCGACGGCCUUCGCGUUCUUCGCGGGGCUCGCCGGCUUCGCGGUGCCGAUCGACGUCGGCGGCGAGCGCCUCGCCUACGUGGCCACGUCCGACGACGUGCCGCGCGGCGCAUACCUCUCCGCCGAGACGGGCUCAAAGGCCGCGACGUACGCGGAGGGCUUCGACGACGGCUUGAUCAGCCCCGAGGGCCAGGACGAAGCCCUCGCGGCGCGGCUCUGGGACCGGUCCCGCGAGCUCGUAGGCGCCUAA